CCAGGAGCGCCUCAAAGUCCAGCCUGCUGGGGACUGACACUAACAGAUGAACAAGGCGUUGGGAAAAUGGGGCUUGGAGCUUUGGAGGAUGGGGUCAGGACUGAGACAGCUCUGCACUCAGCACUGGGCUCUGGAGUCAGCCUGCAUGCCUACGACAUCGGGGUGGUGGUCCUCUACUUUGUCUUCGUCAUUGCCCUGGGGAUCUGGUCAUCCAUCCGUGCAAGCCAACGGACCAUCGGCGGCUACUUCCUGGCGGGGAGGUCCAUGAGCUGGUGGCCAAUUGGAGCAUCUCUGAUGUCCAGCAAUGUGGGCAGUGGCUUGUUCAUUGGGCUGGCUGGGACAGGAGCUGCUGGAGGCCUCGCCGUGGGGGGCUUUGAGUGGAACAUGAGGAAAGCAAGGCUCAGAGGAGACAGAGGGAUUCAUCCUAGGUCACACAGAAGGACUGGGAUCAGGCCCCAGGCAACCUGGGUGCUCCUAGCCCUUGGCUGGAUCUUCAUCCCCGUGUACAUCGCAGCCGGUGUGGUUACAAUGCCGGAGUACCUGAAGAAGCGAUUUGGGGGCCAGAGGAUCCAGGUGUACAUGUCUGUCCUGUCUCUCAUCCUCUACAUAUUCACCAAGAUAUCGACUGACAUCUUCUCUGGAGCCCUCUUUAUCCAGAUGGCCUUGGGCUGGAACCUUUAUCUCUCCACGGUGAUCUUGCUAGUGGUGACGGCCGUCUACACCAUCACAGGGGGCCUCACAGCUGUGAUCUACACAGAUGCUCUGCAGACAGUCAUCAUGGUGGGGGGAGCCCUGGUCCUCAUGUUUCUGGGCUUUCAGGAGGUGGGCUGGUACCCAGGCCUGCAGCAGCGGUAUAGGCAGGCCAUCCCUAAUAUCACAGUCCCUAACACCACCUGUCACCUCCCACGGCCUGAUGCUUUCCACGUGCUUCGGGAUCCUGUGAGCGGGGACAUUCCUUGGCCAGGUCUCAUUUUUGGGCUCACAGUGCUGGCCACCUGGUGCUGGUGCACAGACCAGGUCACUGUGCAGAGGUCUCUCUCCGCCAAGACUCUGUCCCAUGCCAAGGGAGGCUCAGUGCUCGGGGGCUACCUGAAGAUCCUCCCCGUGUUCUUCAUCGUCAUGCCCGGCAUGAUCAGCCGGGCCCUGUUCCCAGACGAGGUGGGCUGCGUGGACCCCGACAUCUGCCAAAGAGUCUGUGGGGCCCGAGUGGGGUGUUCCAACAUCGCCUACCCCAAGUUGGUCAUGGCCCUCAUGCCCACUGGUCUGCGGGGCCUGAUGAUAGCCGUGGUCAUGGCUGCCCUCAUGAGCUCACUCACCUCCAUCUUCAACAGCAGCAGCACCCUGUUCGCCAUCGAUGUGUGGCAGCACUUCCACAAGAAGGCAACGGAGCAGGAGCUGAUGGUGGUGGGCAGAGUGUUUGUGGUGUUCCUGGUUGUCAUCAGCAUCCUCUGGAUCCCCAUGGUCCAAAGCUCCAACAGUGGGCAGCUCUUCGACUACAUCCAGUCUAUCACCAGCUACCUGGCUCCACCCAUCACUGCCCUCUUCCUGCUGGCCAUCUUCUGCAAGAGGGUCACAGAGCCUGGAGCCUUCUGGGGCCUCAUGUUUGGCCUGGGGGUGGGGUUUCUGCGCAUGAUUCUGGAGUUCUCCUACCCAGCCCCAGCCUGUGGCGAGGUGGACCGGAGGCCAGCCUUGCUGAAGGACUUCCACUACCUGUACUUUGCUCUCCUCCUCUGCGGGCUCACUGCCAUGGUCAUCAUCACUGUCAGCCUGUGUACAACCCCCAUCCCUGAGGAAAAGCUCGCUCGCCUGACAUGGUGGACUCGAAACUGCCCCCACUGUGAGAGCACGCCAGGGACAUCAGAGAGGCCAGCUGGGGAGUACCCUGCAGGCGGUGGAGUGGCAGAGAUCUCCAGCCAGGGCUGGGUGCCGCCAGGAGCCCCAUACAGGUCCUGGGGAAAGCUGCUCUGGAGCUGGUUCUGUGGGCUCUCCGGGGCCCCUGAGCAGGCCCUGAGCCCUGCAGAGAAGGCUAAACUAGAGCAGAAGCUGACCAGCAUUGAGGAGGAGCCCCUCUGGAGAAACAUCUGCAAUAUCAAUGCUGUACUCCUGCUGACCAUCAACAUCUUCCUUUGGGGCUAUUUUGCAUGACUACACAGACCUGGCUCAACAAGACAGAUUAAAUACAGCCCAAGCCUGGCCAACCACAGACAUAGUUUUUCCUCCCAUCUUGCUGCUCAGACUGGAGACAAUGGAGGCUGAGCCUGCAGGAGCACCUGAAGAGCAUCUAAUACCACCUGCACACUCAGCAAGUGGAAAAAUGAGGUCCAGAGAGAGCACUGGACUUGUUCAUGACCACACAGAAGCACUCACACUGGGUCUCCUGACUCCAGCUCUCUUUUCAUUACAUU